AUGUCAUUUCUGUGGGCAGUCACCUGCCUGGCCUUCACCAGCACUGUCUCAGGCUGUGGGGUGCCUGCCAUCAGCCCCUCGGUGCAGUACAGUGAGAGGAUCAUCAAUGGUCAGAACACAGUGGCUGGCUCCUGGACCUGGCAAGUGUCCCUGCAGGCCCGCUCAGGAUCCCACUUCUGCGGCGGCUCCCUGCUCAGCGAAAACUGGGUCAUCACAGCAGCCCACUGCGAGUUCAAGGCUGGGAUGAGACACUACAACAUUUGGCAGGCAAUCACACACCCUGGCUGGGAUGCCUUCAUCUUCAACAACGAUAUUACCCUGCUGAAGCUCACCUCGCCUGCCCAGCUGGGGCCCCGUGUGUCCCCUGUCUGCCUGCCCCCUGCCAACCUGGCUCUGCCUGCCAACCUCCAGUGCGUCACCACUGGCUGGGGACGCUUGGGUUGCAGUACCAAUGUGAGCUUGCCCAGGUGCCUGAGCACUUCUAGAGAUGACCUGUUCUUGAUCUCCUCGAGCCAGGGCAUGCAGUACUGGGGCAACCAGAUCACCACCUCCAUGCUCUGUGCUGGGGGGAUUGGUACCUCCUCCUGCCAGGGUGACUCUGGGGGACCUCUCGUAUACCAGAAUGGGAACAUCUGGACUUUGAUUGGCAUCGUCUCCUGGAGAAACAGCAACUGCAACAUCCGUAUUCCUGCAGUCUACACCCGUGUGAGCCAAUUCCAAAACUGGAUCAACAACAUUGUCUCUUUGGAAUAG